GUUAGUAACAAAUGUGGGGAGGCGCCGUACAUAUAUCUAUUAGUUAAACUAAUUGGUAGUUCAACUGACCAUUACACCCCAAGUUGUAACUUUUUUUCUAUGCAUCAACACAAUACAAAUACAUAUUAAACUUUUGCUUACAAUUAAGAUUUUAAAUACUUUCUUCCUGCCUACAAUUAGAAACAUUCAUAUUGGUAGAUAGAGUCAAUGAUCUUUUUGGCCAAGUGUGCCACUAGAGGCACAAAUCUUUCAUGAAAGUAAAAGGGUUAUUAAUCCAUUGGAUCUUUGUACACUAUAAAUAAAUGGCAUGAGUUUAUUUAUACAAUCAUUAGGUAAACAAGAACAUGACCCUCUGCCCCUAAAGAAGACAAGUUUACCACCCACUUAUCUGCCUUUUCCUAACACAAAAAAAUAUCACUCUUUAUUAUUCUACCUCUCUUAGAUCAAGAUCUUUAAUUCCAUAUACAAAUUUUUAUGCCCUUUCACUUGCAUUUCUUUUGAUAGUAAAAACUAGUGUUUUGGUUUUGUUGAUUGAUAUCUUUUAUCACUUUUCUAUUCCUAAUGACUUUAGCAAAUAGGGUCAUCAUAUUUCUGCUUAGGCUUUUAGCCUUGGGGGCUUGUGUUACAGCUAUUAUUAUCAUGGUCACUAGCCAUGACUCUGCUCAAGUCUUGGGUAUGACCUUUGAAGCCAAAUAUGCCAACACACCAACAUUCAAGUACUUUGUUGGAGUGAACAUACUAGCAAGUGCCUAUUCCCUCAUAGUUCUCUUUUUCCCCACCAGGAGCUUACUGGGACGCAUUCUGCUUAUUACAGAUAUAAUUAUGACAUUGCUUCUGGACUCAAGCAUUUCAGCUUGUUUAGCUAUAGCUCAAGUGGGGAAAAAGGGGAAUACUCAUGCAGGUUGGCUACCAAUUUGUGGCCAAGUUCCAAAAUUCUGCGACCGCAUUUCUGGAUCUCUUAUUGCUGGAUUUGCAGCUUCUAUACUCUAUUUCCUUCUUCUUCUUUUCUCUUUUCAUAAUGUUCUUAAUCUUUACACACUCAAAGCUUAGACUUCUAUUAUAUCCUCCUCUCUCAAUGGAGAUUUUACUUAUUACCCUUGUCGCCUUUUAUUUUCGUCAUCUUUGUACUCAUUUAUGUGUUUACAGAUGACUGCUAUAAUAUAAUAUGGAAACAAGAUUUCAAGA